UGAACUAUGAACGAAAAGAAUAUUAAAACACAAUGAGAAUUGAAAAGUAAUGAAUUUGUUAAGCAAAACAGUAAAAACACAAUACAAGAUACAAGUCACGAUGGAACUUAGAUCACGAGUAUCGAGUAUCAGGAGAGCUCUUUACAUUGGCAGUGAGUGAACAACAACGUCAAUGUUUUCACAUAACCACAAUUUUCGAAAAUUCUCGAGAAAAAAGUGACCAUUUCAGUCCAUACAGUAACACCCCCUGUUGCUCAUACACACAACUGAGCUAUAGCGAGAAGACCAGUAGUUACAGCUAACUAGAUUUUUCUCCAUAUUUAGCAGACAAUGAAAGUUUUCUUCGAGUAGUUUAUAUCAGCAGUUGCCAAAAACAACAUCAAAAGAAGAAGAAGAAGAGAUAAAUAUAACCUAAAAUUUUCAAGUCAAAAUGUUUCAAAUCUGGGAGUUUUGUAUAGAUACCUGGCAAUUUAUAGUAAAAUGGGAUUAGAUAAGUUAAAAUUGAUAGUUUUCGAUUUAGAUUACACCCUAUGGCCUUUUUGGGUUGACACUCACGUUUCCCCACCGUUCAAAAAAAGGUCUGAUGGAAUGAUUAUAGAUUCUGUUGGCUCAAAAAUAUCUUGUUACCCAGAGGUUCCAGACAUUUUGAAGAGCUUGGAUGAGCAAGGUUUCACCUUGGCAGUGGCAUCACGUACCUCUGAAAUAAAGGGGGCCAGGCAGUUGAUAGAACUCUUUGGAUGGGAUAAAUAUUUCAGUUACAAGGAGAUAUUUCCUGGCAAAAAAGUGACCCACUUCAAUAAAAUCAAGACUCAAUCUAAUGUUGAUUUUUGUGACAUGAUAUUCUUUGAUGAUGAACAGAGAAAUAUAAGGGAUGUGUCUGCCUUAGGGGUCACUUCCAUUUUUGUGACAAAUGGAGUAUGCAAGUCUGUUAUAGAAGAAGGAAUAAACAGAUUUCAAGAAAACCGAAAAUAGUUCUUAUUAAGAAAAAGAGAGAGGGGCUCAGAGCCUGUCAACAUUUGUAAUUCUGUAGAUUUCAUCCAUUCAUGAUAUCUGGGAAAAAAUCUUGUUUAAAC